AUGGACAUACGAGAUCUGGGCGACGCCCCUUCACACCAACAUCAAGACAUCGACCCCGCCCCGAGUACGCGGUCUAACUCAACCUCCUCUGACGAUGGUGACAACGAUUCUCAUGACAUUUCCUCGCCAUCAGUGAACCCCGCGCCGCGCGCCGCGCAACGAAUCCACCCGCGACGAGCCAUCACCGAACCCAUGGGCAGCAAAGGCGCCCUCGACGGCGGCCAUGUCCGUUUCUCGGACGAGCUCCAUCACGACUCCAGGCGCAGUAGCUUUGACCCGGCCUCAUCGCAUCCGAACGCGAAUAGGCCAGCGCUCUAUACGAUUCCCUCGAGGGGUGAUCUUGAGGGUCAUAUACAAGAUGAGCCCUCAUCUUCACGGCCUAGACGAGGCAGCGACAAUAGCUCCGGGCAGCCUUCAGACUCCGACCUCAAGUACCCAGUCUACCGACCAGAACCAACAAAAAGGACGAAAUGGCGCGUUGCGAAGGACUCAGUGAGCAGCCAGUUCACGAAGGCGUACAAUGUCUACAUUGUUCAAGGAUUAUUGCGACAGAAGCCGCUCCCGCCGAGCUUAGAUGGAAGGCAUAUCCCACUCGACAUGUCAAGGAAACGAAGUGAACAUCUCAUCGAUGAGCGCACCAAGAAGUCCUACGUCAGUAAUUUCAUCCGUUCUAGUCGAUACACGAUAUGGAGCUUCCUACCCAAGCAACUCCUCUUCCAGUUCAGUAAGAUGGGAAAUUUCUACUUCCUUGUCGUCGGUAUCAUUCAGGCCAUCCCAGGACUCAGUACAACUGGCCAGUGGACUACCAUUGCACCUCUCGCCGUAUUUGUGUCAUUGUCAAUGGCCAAGGAAGGUUAUGACGAUUACCGCCGAUAUCUCUUGGCCAAAACCGAAAACUUGAGUCGCGCAUGGGUCUUGGGCGAACGAUCUAAGAAGGCGACAGCGAGGAUGAAGAGACACAAGGAUGGCGACGUGGAUGAAUAUUCAGAAGAUGGGUGGACCGAGACCGAAUGGCAAGAUAUCAAGGUUGGUGACGUCGUCAAACUUCAACGCGACGAUGAUAUCCCGGCGGAUAUCGUUCUCCUACAUGCGUCGGGACCCAACGGUACCGCUUACAUCGAGACUAUGGCUUUGGACGGAGAGACCAACUUGAAGGCGAAGAGAGCGUCUCCCAUCCUCGCUGAAAGAUGUCAAACUUUGCAAGGCAUCGAGUCUUGUCAAGCAACCAUCGUUUCGGAGGAUCCGAAUCUGGACCUCUACAGGUACGACGGGCGUGUCACUGUCAAUGGAGAGACGUUGCCGCUGUCGCUCGACAAUGUCAUUUACCGUGGUUCCAUUGUUCGAAACACCACAGAAGCUGUCGGUAUCGUUGUGAACACGGGUGAAGAGUGCAAGAUCCGAAUGAAUGCUCACAAGCACGUACGCACAAAAGCACCCGCCAUGCAACGCGUCCUCAACAGAAUCGUUGUCUGGCUCAUCCUUGUGCUCCUCAGCCUGAGCAGCGGUUUGACGUUGGGCCACUAUCUCUGGAGAGACCCUGCCGAGUCCUCCUGGUACCUCAUGGGCGAACGCGUCAGCAUGAGAAAGAUCUUCAUUGCUUUCAUACUCAUGUUCAACACGCUGAUUCCUCUGUCGCUGUACAUCAGUUUGGAAAUUAUCAAAAUCAUACAGUUCUACAUGAUGGGAGACGUCGAAAUGUACGACCCGGUCACUAACACACCCAUGGUCGCCAAUACUACGACGAUUCUUGAAGAUUUGGGACAAGUCAAUUACGUCUUUUCGGACAAGACGGGCACUUUGACGGAAAACGUGAUGCGCUUCAGGAAGAUGAGCGUCGCCGGGACUGCAUGGCUACACGACAUGGACAUUGAACGGGACGAACAUGCCAAACAGAAGUUGAUUGAGAUGGCUCGGAAGAAGCGCAAAGGAAAAGGCAAGGACAAGAACCGCGAUAAGAUAACGAGCGAUCACGACAACUACUCGGCACAGGCAACGGCACAAGGACGGCCAUCCAUUAGCACUUACGGACGGGGACGCUCUACAAGUCGGGCCCCUCAAGCGGAAUCCGAGCUCAAGACUGAAGAUCUCCUCGACUACCUGCGACGCAAUCCGGAUACUGUCUUUUCCAAAAAAGCCAAGCAGUUCUUACUCUGCAUUGCUCUCUGCCACACGUGUUUACCCGAGACAAAGGAGGACGGCGAGAUCGAAUACCAAGCUGCCUCUCCCGAUGAACUUGCUCUGGUUGAAGCUGCGCGAGACCUCGGGUACCUCCUCAUCGACCGGCCUGCGCAGUCAGUCAUUCUCCAAAUGCCCGAAGCUGACGGAACCACCAAAAGGGAAACGUAUCAGGUGCUAGACGUGAUCGAGUUCAGCAGUCAAAGGAAGAGGAUGUCUAUCAUCAUGCGCAUGCCAGACGGCAGAGUGUGUGUUUUCUGCAAAGGCGCUGAUAACGUCAUUUUGCCUCGUCUCAAACUUAGCGGUCUUGCUACACAAAAAGCAAACGACGUCAACCGGAGAGCCUCGAUUCGUAGGAGUGUUGAGAGGGAGAAGGCACAACAACGUCUCAGCACAAGUGGUACUCCCCGCAGUAGCUUCGUGAUUGGGAGAACUUCAAUGUCAGAUCGACGUAGUAUGAUGAAUCAGAGAAUCUCUGGUGAUAUUCUCAGACGAUCCAGCAUCGUUACGGACGACCCCGACACCUGGACUUCACGCAGAGGUUCGACAGACAUUCUCUCGCCCAAGAGCGCCCACGAAAUCUGGUCAUCGCCACGGCAUAGCAUGGCCAUGUCUGCGAACGAGGAUGAGAUUGACGAUUUCAUUGACGAAUCAGUGGCCCUGAAUGAAGGCACUGUUCUCGAGCGAUGUUUCACACAUGUCAAUGACUUCGCCUCGGAGGGCUUACGGACGUUGCUUUACGGUUACCGAUACAUCAGUGAGGACGAUUACAACACUUGGAAAAAGAUCUACCACGACGCUACCACCAGCCUAGACAAUCGGCAAGAGAAGAUUGAGGCUGCCGGUGAACUCAUUGAGGAUAAGUUCGAUCUUGCCGGUGCCACGGCUAUCGAGGACCGAUUGCAGGAGGGCGUACCGGAGACCAUUGAGAAGCUCCGUCGCGCUGAGAUCAAGGUUUGGAUGUUGACGGGAGACAAGCGUGAGACGGCCAUCAAUAUCGGCCACUCCGCCGGCCUGUGCAAGCCAUUUUCCGAGGUCUUUAUCUUGGAUGCCACAAUGGGCAAUUUGCUAGAGUCAAUACUGUCGACCCUGGGCGAGGUCGCCCGAGGUAUGGCUCCUCACGCUGUAGUAGUUGUCGAUGGCCAUACCUUGGGCAUCAUUGAGGGAGACGAGGACCUCAGCUUCCUUUUCUUUGACCUUGUGGUGAGAGUCGACUCGGUCAUUUGUUGCCGCGCCUCCCCCUCGCAGAAGGCUACUCUUGUCAAGCGCAUCCGCCGGCAGGUACCACACUCCCUGACAUUGGCCAUUGGUGACGGCGCCAACGACAUUGGCAUGAUCCAAGCCUCACAUGUUGGUAUUGGCAUCUCGGGCCGCGAAGGUCUUCAAGCUGCCCGCAUUUCCGACUACGCCAUUGCGCAAUUCCGUUUCUUGCAGCGUCUCCUCUUCGUCCACGGCCGCUGGAACUACCUGAGGACUGGCAGAUACGUACUCGCCACCUUUUGGAAGGAAAUCGUCUUCUUUCUACCACAGGCCUACUUCCAGCGUUACACGGGAUACACCGGAACGUCUCUGUACGAGAAUUGGAGUUUGACGGUGUUUAACACCUUCUUCACGUCACUCGCGGUUAUCCUUUUGGGUGGUUUGGAAAAGGAUUUGCAAGCAAAGACGCUCCUCGAAUUCCCCGAACUCUACACCUUUGGCCACAAGAACAGAGCUUUCAACGUUAAGCUCUACAUUGGCUGGACAUUCCUCGGGCUGAUUGAGUCGCUCAUCAUCUUUUGGGUGGCCUGGGCGGUCUACAACUCGCUGCCGUUCGACCAGGACACGUCCCUCUAUGCUAUGGGAAGCGUUCCUUUUACGGUCAUCGUGGUGUUCAUCAACAUCAAGUUGCUGGUUCUUGAAAUGGAAAACAAGAACGUAAUCAUCCUGGCCGGGUUUCUCAUCUCGGUCGGCGGUUGGUUCUUGUGGAACAUCAUCCUAUCAGCAGCUUUCCGGCCCAUCUUGCGCAUCUAUCAGAUUCGGCACGCGUUCCUGGAACAUUUUGGUAAAACCUUGAGCUUCUGGACCACCAUUCUGCUGGCGCUUGCAACCGUUAUUUGCCUGGAGUUGAUCGUCGACGCCGUACGCCGCGUGUACUGGCCGAGCGAUGUGGAUAUCAUGCAACGCCUUGAGAGGAAGGCCUACAAUGCGAACGACGCGACCGAGGGGGUCGAAGUUGGCCAUGGAGACACCUCUGGAACGAUGUUGGAAGUUAUCAGCAGCAAGACGAAUUCGGCCUUUGGCCAUACCGAAGAGCAGCCCUCCGUUCUGGACGAUGCACCUAGGCCAAGUCACUCAACUGCCCGACCUUUGUUUUACCAGGCGCGGCAGUCUCGAAGGUCGAGGGACGAGUCGGCCGCCAGGUCUUCCACGCCCCCAGUUGAGAAAACCAUUAUUGCGGACCCAGAGCUCAAUUUAUCAGAGCCAACAAAAAAGCCACGCCUUUCUGUGGCGACGAGGUGGUUGGGCGGCACAAAGAAAACUCACGUGAGUGGCCCCAUUGAGCUUCAGUCCACUGGUCAAUCAUCGAGGCCAUGA